CUAAAUAUUGUAUAAAACUGUCAUGCAAUCAGAAAUCUAGACAAUACAUAUGAAAACAUGAUACAAAGAACAUUAGGCUAUUCAAAGACUAGCCCGUCUGGAAAGCAAACCCACCCCACGUCCCACUUGAUCGCUCAACCGGAAACGCACACACGGAAGGCGUCUGGUCCGCGGAGCCGAGACACAGGGAAAUUCACUGGAGCCGCAUGAAACAGAUCACGAUUGAAGCAGAAAUCUACUCAAUAUAUUGACGAAACUAGACAAAUUAUCACCUAAAAACGCGACGAUAUGUAUCUAUGAUACUUAGAAUUUCUUACAGUUGUUUCAAAAGAGAACCAGGACAAGAUGUAUGUGAACUGCACAGUCAUUGAUGCCAGCACAGUCAGCUGUAAUGGGACCGACUACCUGGUUGAAGUACCACCCCUAGGGCCGGAUGAGCCUCAGUUCUGGAUCUACAUCGGAAUCUACAUCGGUUUGAUGCUGUUUGCUGGGUUGGUGGCCGGCUUGACCCUCGGCCUCUUAUCACUGGACAUCACCACCUUACAAGUUCUCUCUACGGCCGGUACCCCGAGCGAGCAGGUCUACGCGACCCGUAUCCUUCCGUUGGUCAAGAACUCUCAUCUCCUCCUGGUCACUCUCAUUCUGGCCAACGCCGCGGCGGUCGAGUCCAUGCCAAUCUUUCUUGACCACGUGACUAACCCUAUCGUCGCCGUGGCCGUUUCGGUAACGGCGGUCCUCAUCUUCGGAGAGGUAAUACCGCAGUCGAUCUGCUCAAAAUAUGGACUAGCUAUCGGAGCAAAUAUGGCAUGGUUUGUCUAUAUUCUCAUCGCUCUAACCUUUGUAAUAUCAUGGCCGAUCGCCAAGCUUCUGACAUUAUUGCUAGGAGAAGGAAUUGGGACGUUCUACCGCAGAUCAGAAUUAAAAGCUCUGGUUGACAUCCAGGCGACCUCCCCCGAAGCAGCUGCAGAAGAUAGCGCCCUCACGAAGGACGAAGUGCUAAUCAUCAAGGGUGCUUUAGACGCGGAGGGCAAGGUUGCCAAGGACGCCAUGAUACCUCUUGAUGACACCUUCAUGCUGGACUACUACGGCGUCCUAGAUAGGACCAUCAUGCAACAGCUUAUAGCCAAUGGUUACUCGCACGUACCCGUCUACAAGGACGACCGUAAGAAUAUCCAAGGUGCGUUUGUGGUCAAGAACCUUAUUAUCCUCGACCCCGACGACAACGAAUCCAUCUCAACAUCUCUCGAACAAUACGGUCGCCCCCUCCAUUCCAUCGCGGCCACCAAGCCCCUCUAUAACAUUCUAGACGAGAUGAUGGACGGGAAGUACAGGAUGGCGGCCAUUUACGACAAUCCAGCGAUCUUGCCGAUCUUGCCGACUAUAGACGAGGCUGAUGGUAACGUCCCGAGUACGCCUACGCUGCCAACUACGACGUCACAAACCGGAUUGAACAUCAUCGGCGUCAUCACGCUAUGGAACGUUCUGGAGGUGGUUCUAGGUGAACCAAUCAUCUCCUCAGAUGACGUCUACGCCAGUGUACGCCAGAAGGUCGAAAUGGGAAAAGUCAAAAUGGUCCGGUCGCUCAGUGCUAACCCUAUGGGUACCACUGCAAGCCACUUCGGAUCCAUUAACUCGCCACCAUCUCCGGCUCUUACGCCCCAGCCGUCCACUGCAGAGAACACACCGCUUUUGUCCCCUGACAACUUUUUUUGAGUGGUACCGAUUCCCCCCUGCCAACUUCAUCUCGUGCUGAAUAACUCGCUAUCAUGUCAAACGUGGUUGUAUGUCAAUACUGCGGACCUACCUUCGAAACUCAACAGUCGAAUACUAUUCUUGUGACGUGUUCCAAGUUAGACAUACACGCAAGAUAAAAAUCAAUAUUUUUACACGAUGUACAUUAGGAAACAUACAAUAGGGUUAUGAAUUGUAGUGUUGUUAUUCAUAUUUUCAUGUAAUUAAAUGUAACACGUUGUGGAUUUUUACAAAUUGUAUUCACUAAAAAUGAAUCAUGAAGCCAUUAAAUGAGUACAGUAAGAACAAAGAUGAAAGUUUGCUUAUACUGUAACGGUCGGCUGAUGCUAACUUCAUAUUAACAUAAUCAAGUGAUUCCAUUACUUAUUAAAGUUGGAAUAUUAUUUCUUACAUAUUUCCAUAAAGUGAUGGCGACAAUAUGGUUUAUUCUUCAGAGAUAACUUUUAAAUCUUCUCAGAACUUUAGUGAUCAAUCUGUUAAAAUGUCAUAUUUAUUGAUAAAAAAAGUUCUGAGAAUAUAUAAAAUUAUUGUCAUAAUCAUUUCAUGAAAAUAGGUAAGAACAAUUAUUCCAACUAUAUGAGCAACAGCAUAUGAUCACAAGUAAUAAGUUCAGAAACAUAACAUGGCACAGCUGUGAUCUUCUCAAUCAGAUUAUCUCUUGGUCAUGAAAUAUGUAUGAAAUAGAUAUAAUUUUAAAUUCAAAUUGUACCAUUGACAGGUGGAGAUAUACAUGUACAUGUAGAUGAUUUACUUAGGCCUAUAUUUGUUUAUUCAGCAAUUCACGAAAUGUGUUCAUACAAUGAAAGCGUGUCAUAUGCUAAAACGUGAAAAUAUAUUUUAAGGCCUAAAUAAAUUUGUGCACACUGGUUGUUGUAGCUAAUAUAUCGAGUGUAUUUUAACCGAAGCACUAUUGUCAAACCUGCGACAUAUUUGCACACCGAUACAUGGUCCUGUUUGUACUUCAUCUUGUACGUUUAAGGGAUAUGCGAUCGCGGAUCGUAAAUACAAAGCUAUUCCCCUUGACUCUUUAGUCAUGACAAGAGUAUAAAGGAAUGUCCAUAGACGUUGUACUGUAUGACUAAAGGUCGAGUAGAAUUUUUAGAUUGUUUAUAUAACGUGUUUGUACUUUAAUAAGGUAAAUGAGUCUAGUUUAAUAAUUGUUAUGGGUAAUAAGAUUACCUAUUUAUACGACAAAACUAUAUUAGGUGAUAUAAUGCUUGGAAUCGUGUGAAAUGUCACAAAUCUCAUUUAAACUUGAUAAUGAUAAUAUUGAUAGGAAUGAUAAUACAAAUAAUAACAAUGAUAAUAACAAUCAUAAUCAUAAUAAU